GGAAUAUUCUUCAGGGAGGACGGCAUGCCAAGCCAGGAAGAUGGCAGGAUUCACGGAAAGGAUUUCAUCUGGGAAGCAGAAACAGUGACUGGAAAAUGAAAAUUGCUGUGGAACAGGACACAGACUACGCUGAACUGGUUCUGUCUAUAGGAGAAAUCACACUUGGAGAGAACAAUAGGAAGUUAAUGAAAGAUUGUCAACUGAGAAGAAGAGAGGCCAAAAGUAUUAUGCUUGCUGUGUGCGCCUUGCUCAAUUCUGGAGGGGGCGUGGUCAAGGCUCACAUUAAAAAUCAAAACUACAGCCUCAAAAGAGAUGGAAUAGGACGGGAUUUGAAAGACUUCUUACCUGGUAUCCUGCCAUUUCCUCAUGAAUACCUAGACUUCAUGCAGCACAAAGACUACUUUUUCAUAUUUGUGAAAGCACGGAAGCCGAAUAAGAAAGGCCAGGGGAUCACCACUGUGAAAACCAACUUGUACAGGAGAAGCAUCGCAUCCUCAGAUGAACUGAAAGCAUCUGAGGUGUGGCAGUUCCUCCAAGUCAGGCAAUAUUCUGCAGAGAAAUCAGACUCCAGACAAAGUUUACCUGGAGAAAGUGUCUACAAUGAAUUACUAAAUCAAUGCCUUACCUUAUUUAACAGAGACUGGCUUACCUAUGAGGAGAAAUUCUGUUUCAUCAAAUCCCCAUAUUCUGAAGUAACAUUGACUCCUAAGGAAAAGAUUUUAGAGACUGUUUCUGCAUUUGCAAACACUGACGGGGGAUAUUUGUUUAUUGGUUUGGAUGGCAAAACCCAGCAGAUUAUUGGUUUUGAAGCAGAGAAGAGUGACCUGGAGCUUCUAGAGACUGAAAUAGAAAAGGGCAUCAGACAGCUGCCUGUCACUCACUUCUGUGAGGAGAAGGAGAAGAUCAAGUACACAUGCAAAUUCAUGGAAGUGCACGAAUCCGGAGCUGUGCGUGGAUAUGUGUGUGCGCUCAGAGUGGAGAGGUUCUGCUGUGCAGUGUUCGCUGCACAUCCUGAAUCCUGGCAUGUGGAAGACAGCUGUGUGAAGAGGUUCACCGCAGAGCAGUGGGUGAAGCGCCAGAUGGAUGCCCCAGCAGGUUUUUCCAAGCAAGAUAAACUCACUCUUCAAUCAAGCAGACUGCCACACAGUCCCCACGGCUGCUUUCCUUAUGACACUCCUGAUGGUGCUCAACAGGGUGCUCUCCUUCCAGUGACAUCUGGAAAGGUGAUAUGCUCUUCAGAAGCACUCUGCAUGAACCUGUUCUCACCACAUGAAGGCUAUGAGCAGUUACUCUGGACAGAGUUGAACUCGCUUUGUAAAGGAAAGCUGGUCAUCUCUAAGAGCUGGGCUUUGGAUCUGGGCUUGCAAGAGAAGCAGGAAGUCAUCUUGGAUGUGCUUCAUAUUUCCCAGGACAGUCUCCUGACCCUGCACGGCUUUGUCCGGGGAGAUGAGGACCUGGAAGACGACACUCUUCUGAAGGAACUAGGCUCUAAGUUAAAGGGCUAUUAUAAACAGACUGCCCUAAUAUUAAAGCAGACAUUGGUAAACCACGGUGGUUACACUGGGAAAAUAGGUAUCAUAGUAAAGAUAACGUACUUGGGUCAUAAGGCAAUGUGUCUUUAUGAUUCAAGCUCGAAACUAUAUUACCCUGAGAAAUAUUAUCUUACAACCAAGGCAGUAAGAGGCUUAGAAAAAGCUCUUGAUGAAAUCUUAGGAAGCCAUGAGUCUUUCUAG